CUCACGAGGGUCCUCAUUUUCAAAACAAACAAAAUGGCGGCGCACAUGAGACGUGGACUUCGCCAGUUGUUACGGGCACGAAAUACGUCUCACAUUAGGUUUCCAGACAACGCCAGAAGCUCAUAUCACUCACAGUGCACGACUCAGAGCUUCAGGAAGGUCCAGCCUCGGCCCGGUACCGGAACCACACACUUCUCAAUAAGACAGCUGUCCAUCCAGACUCAAGACACUCCAAACCCCAGCAGCUUGAAGUUUCUCCCUGGUAAACCUGUCUUAGGAAGUGGGACGCUUGACUUUCCCUCUCCGAGCUCAGCUGGAUGUUCAUCUUUAGCCAGGGACCUGUUUGAAAUCGAAGGAGUGAAAAGUGUGUUCUUUGGCCCUGACUUCAUCACAGUCACUAAAGCAGAUGAGGAUGUGGAAUGGACAGACAUUAAGCGGCAUGCUUCGGAGGCCAUUGCUAAGUUCUUUGAGAGCGGUGACCCGAUAACAACAGGGGCAGUGUACAAUGAAAGCAGCCAUUCUGAAGAUGAUGAUGAAAUUGUAUCUAUGAUAAAGGAGCUUCUGGACACCAGAAUCAGACCUACAGUGCAGGAGGAUGGAGGCGAUGUCAUCUUUAAGGGGUUUGAGGACGGCACAGUCAAGCUCAAGCUGGUCGGUUCCUGCACAGGGUGUCCCAGCUCCACGGUUACCCUGAAGAACGGCAUUCAGAACAUGCUGCAGUUUUAUAUCCCUGAAGUAGACAAUGUGGAACAGGUGGAAGAUGAAGUGGAUGAAAUCAACGCAAAGGUUUUCUCAGAGUUGGAACGCAAAUUACAAGACUAAAGACUUACUCGAACAACACACUUUAGAAGAAACAUAUGUUCCACUGUGUAAAACCACAGCCCUGAAUAAUUUCCACUAAUUACCUAGCUACAAUCGUAAGAAUAAAGAGAAAAAGUUAUUACCUGCUAUUUUGUGUGCACUCUAUAUACUGUUAAGAGUUCAAGCUGUAAGUACAUGUACAUACUGUAUGCCCCUGUUACCAAGACAGUGAGAUAACAGGGAAUAUACCUGUAUGUAGACUAUAUUGUCAUUCUUCUAACCAUUCAAAAUGUUCUGCUGUGAUGCCUGUAAUUGUUGUGAUUUAUUUAUUUCUUAUAAAUAUUGUAUAUUUUGAAAUAAUAUUUUCAUAGCAGGGAGACAUUGUUUAUGGUGAUGCAGAAUGAUGAUUUGAUAAGGUAUUCCAGUUGUUGCUGAUUUUAAAAAAAAAUCUGUUUUUGCUUGUUAAUGCAUCAUCUAUAAAUAACAAAAAAUGUAAUUUGCUAAAAUUAUUAAUGAAGCUGAAGUAGGUUUACAAUAUGACAUCCUGUAAGACCUGUUUAUUCUAUUUAUCCGCUUUGUGCUGUAUUUUUUUCAGAUUUACUGUAUCACAUUAAACAAAAACCACAAUUUGAAAGUAAA